AUGGUUAUAACUCUCAAGAAGGAACUUAUGAUACACAGCCACAAGACCGUUGAUGGGAGAGGAGUCCGAGUGGAGAUCACAAGAGGACCUUGCAUUGGAAUAGAGAAUGUUAAACAUGUUAUCAUUCAUGGAAUCAACAUUCACGAUUGCCAAAGACGAGUGGGUUUAGUUCAAAUACCUCCAACACUUGCUAGCCGUGGAAAGGCCGGAUGCAGUGAAGAUGAGCAUGAAUGCAGUGGCGAUGCUGUCAACAUAAAAAAUUCCUCUCACAUUUGGAUAGAUCAUUGCUAUCUAUCCAACUGCACAGAUGGACUUAUUGAUGUGAAUCAUGCAUCCAAUAAUGUCACCAUCUUCAACUCUCGGUUCACUAACCAUGUCAAGGUGACAAAGAGACAGGGUCACAAUACCGAGCAAGAAUGGAAUAAGUGGAGAUGGACUAGCAAGAGGGACUUGUUUAUGAACGGAGCCGUUUUUGUUUCGUCUGGUGUCGAAAACGGGGAGCCAGCUUAUAGUCUGACUCAAAAGUUCCGGGUGGUCAAGGCAUCACUUGUUUUGGCUCUCACUUCCAGCGCGGGUCCUCUGCCUGCCUAG